UACAAGAAAGUCUUCUCAAAGUUGAUCCUGUGUUCCAGAUUCAUCCCACAAAGUGUCAUCUGUUUCAUUCAGUCUAGUGCCAUGUCCACCUCGAGGAGCCCUGCUGCUCCGUGCCAGCCCUCCUCCUCAGACGAGAGGUCUGGCGGCUACAUGGAGCCUGACCCCGGCCUCCUCUUCCCGGUGACCCGGUCCUCUCUGCUGGCUCGACGUCUCAUUCGUCUCCGGGCAUACAGCAGCCAGGCGAGCAGCCCUGUUACGCGCCGCAAGAGGGAGAUGAUCCCCACCGACAAGAAGGACUCCAGCUACUGGGACAAGCGGACCAAGAACAACGAGGCGGCCAAGAGGUCCAGAGAGAAGAGGAGGCUGAGCGACCUGAUGCUGGAGAAUCAGCUGCUGGCUCUCAGCGACGAGAACGCUCGGCUGCGAGCUCAGAUGCUCAGCAUGCAGUACCACGGCAGUCUGAGAGCAGAGAAGAGCAAAGCUGCAGCUGUUUCACCCAGACCUGCUCACUCUCCUGCACUCUUCCAGCCUGGACUCUGGAGCAACAACCCAGCUUCUGUCCUGGGUGUGAGGCAUCAAGAAGCAUCCGGCUUUGGCUCAACUAGAGUCCUCUCUCCUCGAGUAGUCCUGGAUGCAGGGAGGUCAGAAAUGGAUGCUCAGCGACAGGUCUCCUCCAGCGAUGACAUCCACAACUCCACCGAUGCAUCUUCUUCCAUCCGAGCAUUUGACACGCUCCACCAUGCCUCCAUCCUGUCACCCAGAAACUGGCUGCAGGUGCCCCAUCUUAAUCACUCUGCAGUGUGCAAUAACUUCCUGCUGCCUUGGCGGUCUUCCUACCUGGCCCCACCGGCCGUCUACCCAGGCCUGCCUCUCUACAUACACGAGGGGAGACAGGGCCAGGGUCUGGGUGUGGAGGCAGACAUGCAGGGGGGGUUCAGGAGCCGGUUCAGCAGCACACCGGCUUGGCCGUCUCCCCUCGGGAUGCACCUCAGUCCUGAUGGACGCUAACAGGACAGUCUGACUGUCAAAGUUUAGCCAUACUGUCUAUUUUGAUGCAUAUACUUACUUACUUAGUCCUUGUUGCGCCUGGUGGCACAUAGGGCAAGGACUAAGGAUCUCUACUCAUCUCUGUUGUUUGCCUUCUUCUCAAUGCUGUUCCAGCUGUAUCCUCUCGUCUUCAUUUCUCCUUCGAUGGUUCGCCUCCUGGUUGUUUUGGGCCUCCCUCUUUUGCGUUUUCCCUCUGGUGUCCAACGCAAUGCCACUUUUGUCAUGUCAGCAGAUGGUUUCCUUAAUACAUGUUCAAGCCAACUCCAUCUUCUUCUUAUCAAUAUUGCUUCCAUGUCCAAGCACCGUGUUGUUUUGUGUAGUUCAUGGUUUGUAAUCUUCCUAUAGGCCAGAAUAUCCUCAUGAUCUUUCUGAGGCGGGUAUUGUGAAAGCUAGAAAGCUUGCCUAUGUCUCUUUCAGUCAUUCUCCAGCACCAUGUAGAAGUACAGAUAGUACACAGCUGGUGUAUAACUUUAUGAUGCAUAUAGAUUAACAAAUUAAUUUUUUUGUAUUAUGUCAUAUUUGCUCGGUAUAGCCUAUAGGUGUAUAAACAAUAUUUUAAUGCAACCUACACUGUAGAUUUACUGUCUGACUUUCUGUGGUUUCAAAUGUGUUUUUCUCAGCGGUUACAUUGCACGCACAGACCAGUGCUGUCAGAAACCCUCUACGCUUUUUUUUUUUUGAAACAAUAAUGCAGCCUAUUUCAAAUCAUUUAUCAGUUAUAUUGAUAUAAAAGAAAUAAAUAAAACAGCUGGAGAUAAUAAAAAAAAAAAGUCACUCCUUUUCCAUUAUUUUGGUCAUGAUUUGGUAUAUUAGAUACAUACAUUAAGGUUAAGAUUUUGACCUUUUCACUGUUUAUCUGUGGUGAGAAACACAUCAGCAACUGAGCCAGUGAAACUAUGUAGUUGGUGACUUGGUAUUCCCCUUUUAUUUAUCCACACUGUGUGAUUUCCCAGCAGCCUCUGAUUCAAUGGAAAACCAAACGUUGAACCGUUUAUUUUGUAGGUUAACAGCUCUGUAUGAGACAUCAUCCUCUCUUGCAUCUGGCUAUGCCAUUCUGGUGUACUUAAUUCUUGUCAAAGUCUGCAGGAUAUCAAUAC